AUGUGGCCAAGAUUACGUGUGCUAGGACGGAGAUGGUAUAGUCCACUGAAUUACAAUACAGAGAACAGCCGUUCACUUGCAAGGGGGUCCAAGGUUGGGCGUGCUGGCCGGUUUGGACGUGGGGAUUGGAUCCCUCCACAGACUACAGAGCCAAUUGAUAGGGAGAUUCAGCCGGAAAUUAAUUUACCAACAGAAAUUCCGAAGGACUUGCCCAAGAGCAACCAGAUCACUGAGAGACAUCCGUGUUUGUGGAUGUUAUCCCAGCCAACACUAGUUGUGGAGAGGCGAAUUGAGUACAUGAAUCUCUUUUUAGGCUUUGAGCAGGCCAACCAGUAUGCCCUCUACGACGGCAAUGGGACACAGAUAGGCUGGAUCAUGGAACGGGAUUUUGGAAUAGGCAAGGCGAUAAUGAGACAGAUAUACCGGCUACAUCGGCCGUUUACGGUUGACGUUAUCGAUAUGAAUGGAGGGUUGUUGAUGACCAUCCGGAGGCCAUUCAGCUGGAUCAAUUCGCACAUCAAAUCCGUUGUUGUUGACUAUGACGGGAAUGAGACUGUUGUCGGAGAGAGUGUUCAAAGCUGGCAUCUUUGGAGGAGAAGGUACAAUCUAUUCCGAAGUGACGAUGACGGAGAUUUUGUGCAAUUUGGUAAAAUCGAUUCAGGGUUUUUGCGGUGGGAAUUCCCCAUUUACAAUGAGCGUGGUGAAAUUUCUGGGUCAGUGAGUCGAAACUUUGGAGGGUUUUUCAGAGAGGCUUUUACAGAUACGGGUGUGUAUAUUCUGCGGAUGGACGGUAUGGAUAACAUUGAGGGCGGUCCGCCGAGCGAUCGGCCCUUGACUUUAGAGGAGCGUGCGGUUGUAUUAGCCAAUGCUGUUUCUAUUGAUUUCGAUUAUUUUAGUAGACAUUCUGGAGUUGGCGGCGGUGGGUUUAUUAUUGGUGGUGGAAGUGCUGAUAUUUAG